CUGCACGCCCACAUUACUAAUUUUUUUGCCAGGGAAUACGUAGCGAAACUGCCCCAUCCCCACUCCAUUUACUGCACCUACGUCUGUGCCGAGCAUUUGCCAAACAUGUGCAUUUACUGAAGCUCAAAUGUGUGGCACAAUGAGUCCCGAUGGCUUCUGGCUGCCUUCCAUUUUCUGUUUUGCGAAUAAGGCGCUCCCCCCAUUUCAGCUUUUCGAAUGUCGCAAAUACCAGACUACUGUGGCUUUCCCCUCCCUUUUCCAGCCAGAGCUCGCUGUCGUGUGAUGGGCAGAUCACUUUCCCUGUAGCUGGACCCGACGAUUGUAUAUUUUUUGUUUACCAUGUAUACCCACGAGUUGUCUAAGGAAUAGUGCGGCUCAGGCAAUGCUUUGGCUGCACACGUCGCUGCUCGACUUCCUUCUCUCCCAUUAUUCAUGCUUCCAUUCCUCCUUUUCGCCAAAGCAUUUUCAGCGUGCUGCGAUUGCGUCGCCAUCGUCUCACAUGGCCUGGAACAUGGUUAUGGGCCCUGAACAAUGCCUUUGCACCGUGUUUUACGUAUGUGAGGGUGGGUAAAAAGCAGCGGCGAUGUAGUUCGGCCAAGCAAUCCGGCGGCACAGUCUAGUUG